UAAAUCAUGCCUUUGGUCAAAAGGAACAUUGAACCUCGGCACCUUUGCCGAGGAGCUCUGCCUGAUGGAAUUACUAGUGAAUUAGAAUGUGUAACCAAUAGCACUCUUGCUGCUAUUAUACGCCAACUAAGCAGCCUAAGCAAGCAUGCUGAAGACAUAUUUGGUGAGCUGUUUAAUGAGGCCAACAACUUCUAUAUUAGAGCAAACUCCCUUCAAGACAGAAUUGAUCGCCUUGCUGUCAAAGUAACCCAGCUGGAUUCAACUGUUGAAGAAGUUUCAUUACAGGAUAUCAACAUGAAGAAAGCUUUCAAAAGUUCUACAAUACAGGACCAGCAAGUGGUUUCAAAGAACAGUAUUCCCAACCCUGUGGCUGAUAUUUAUAAUCUGAGUGACAAACCACCUCCACUGAAUAUUCUUACAGCAUAUAGAGAUGAUAACAAAGAUGGAUUAAAAUUCUAUACUGAUCCUUCUUAUUUCUUUGACCUCUGGAAAGAAAAAAUGUUACAAGACACAGAAGACAAACGGAAAGAGAAAAGACGACAAAAGGAACAAAAACGUAUAGACGGCACAGCCCGUGAGGUGAAAAAAGUUAGAAAAGCAAGGAACAGGCGCCAAGAGUGGAAUAUGAUGGCCUAUGACAAAGAGCUUAGACCAGACCACAGGUUGUCUCAAAAUGUGUACCAUGGAGCAUCCUCCGAGGGAUCUCUGUCCCCUGAUACUAGAUCCCACGCCUCAGAUGUUACCAACUACUCGUAUCCUGCUACUCCAAAUCAUUCCCUCCAUCAGCAGCCAGUGAUGCCUUCGUACGGAGCAGGAGACGGGUCCCAAUAUAUGCUUGCAAACCAGGGCCUUGAACAUGAAUAUAGGCCACCUUCCACAACAGUGCGACAUGCUACUUUAAACAGACCUCAGCAACCACCUCCGCCCCCACCCCAAGCUCUAGAUGGACAACACGGCACUGUGCCACUUGCAGCAGCAGAUUAUGGGAUGCUUGCAGCUCAGAUGGUGGAUUAUUACAAUCCUUCAGGACCCCCGCCGCCUCCCCCUCCACCCAUGAUUCCUUCUGCACAGACUGCUUUUGUUAGUCCUCUCCAAAUCCCUGUGCUACCUACCCAUCCUGGACUAGUGACUGGAUCUGUGUAUUCUGCUGCUCUUCACCCUCCUUCUACUGGGCUUGUUGUUACAGCUCCCCCUCCUCCAGGCCCGCCUCCUCCCCCUCCAGGCCCUCCUGCUGCAGAAUCCUCUGUCUCAUCCUCUCCGAUGCAUGCUCCUGCAGUGGCUGAGGCAAAGCGACACGAGUCCUCGCAGUCCCCAGUAAGCGACGCUCGAAGUGAUCUGCUUGCUGCUAUUCGGAUGGGAAUCCAGCUGAAAAAAGUGCAAGAGCAGCGUGAGCAGGAAGCUAAGCGUGAGCCGGUUGGAAAUGAUGUGGCCACAAUUCUUUCCCGGCGCAUUGCUGUGGAGUACAGUGAUUCAGAUGAUGAUUCGGAAUGUGAUGAAAAUGACUGGUCAGACUGAGACUGGAGUACCAAAGCGUUCUAUGGAUUUUGCUAGGAAUUGUCCAUGUGGGCAUGGAUGUAUGUUGGAACAAGUAACCUAAAUUACUAUAGUCUAGUAACUUCCAUUGA